AUGAAAAUAAAGGCCCUCACUCGCACUGCGUCGCAGCAGCAGACGCCGGGCACUUCGGUGCAACGGCAGACACGCAACCUGGAUCCGGCUCUGCAUCCCUUUGAACGAGCGCGCGAGUACACCAGGGCGCUGAAUGCGACAAAGAUGGACCGCAUGUUCGCCCAGCCCUUCCUGGCCCAGCUCGGCCGCGGUCACGUCGACGGAGUCUACACCAUGGCCAAGGACCCCAACUCGCUCGAGAGAUUCGCUUCGGGCAGUGGUGACGGUGUGGUCAAGGUGUGGGAUCUGACGACGAGAGAAGAGAUUUGGCAGGCACAGGCGCACGAGAACAUUGUCAAGAGCAUGUGCUGGACACACGACAAGAAGCUGCUGUCUUGUGGCAGCGACAGGAGUAUCAAGAUGUACGAUCCUUACAACCAGGCUGGCAAUGCCGCUCCGCUGUCAACCUAUUUGGGUCCUGCAGCCUUCACCUCCAUUACAAAACACCGUACCGAGCCUGUCGUGGCCGCUGCUUCGUCCGUCAUCAGCAUCUACGACUUGAACAGAGCCAACUCUGCCCCUCUGCAAACGCUACAAUGGCCCAACAGCAUCGACACCAUUACUGCCCUCAAGUUCAACCAGACCGAAACCUCCAUCCUCGCCUCCACAGCCACCGACCGCUCCCUCAUCUUCUACGACAUGCGUACCUCCUCCCCCCUCCACAAGUCCGUCCUCACACUAGCCUCCAACGCAAUCUCCUGGAACCCCAUGGAGGCCUUCAACCUCGCAGUCGCAAACGAAGACCACAACAUCUACAUCUUUGACAUGCGCAACCUGAAGCGCGCCCUCAACGUCCUCAAAGACCACGUCGCCGCAGUCAUGGACGUCGAGUUCUCCCCCACUGGAGAGGAACUGGUCUCGGCAUCCUACGACCGCAGCGUCCGUCUCUGGAAGCGCAACGACGGCCACAGCAGAGACGUCUACCACACAAAACGCAUGCAACGCGUCUUCUCCGCCGCCUGGACACCAGACAACAACUACAUUCUCACCGGCAGCGACGAUGGAAACAUUCGACUCUGGCGAGCCCGCGCUUCCGAGCGUCAAGGAGUCAAGAGUGCCAGACAGCGUCAACAACUCGAAUAUGACAGAGCUCUGGUGGAGAGAUACAAGCACAUGCCUGAGAUUAGGAGGAUCCACCGUCACAGACAUUUGCCCAAGCAGGUCAAGAAGGCUAGUGAGAUCAAGGGAGAGGAACUCAAGGCCAUCAAGCGUAGAGAGGAGAAUGAGAGGAAGCAUAGCAGUAAGGGAGAUAGCAAGAGAAGGAGCGAGAGAGAAAAGAUGGUUCUUCAAACCGAGCAGUAG